UCACUAUUAUUUGUAGUCGCACAAAGGAGCUUCGCGCGUGUGAUGUUUAGUAAUGCUUGGUGUGCUUGCCCGUACCCCGAGGAGCUCCUAGCCUAACCUAGCUAACAUCAAUCACUCUAACCUAUACAUCAAUGCUAGACAAACAUAUGGGAGAGCAAUUUUGAUCAAAGCCAGUCAAUCUUUGUUCAAUCAGGGGACUAUCAACUAACUGCAAGCAUGCUCAUCACUACUGAAACCAUACGGGCACUUCACCUCCAAUACGUGAAUUUGUUCUGAUAAUGGCAUAGCUUCAUGCAGCUGUCGUCAAUUGAACUACUUUAAGCAGGGGGGGGUGGGAGGUUGGGACAUUGCGGUGGCCUCUCGAUGCCAGCACAAAAUCUCUAUAUUAUGAUUGGCAUCGUCUUCUUCAACGAAACAUACAACACUAACACUCCAUAAUAGAGUAUGACACCCAAAACAGUACUCAUCACAGGCUGUGGACCAAAUGGGAUUGGUCACAGCCUCGCUCUCGAGUUCCAGCUACGAGGCCAUUUCGUCAUUGCAUCCGGCCUGAACGAUACCCUUCUCGCGCCGUUCCGGGAUUUGGGUAUAGAAACAGUGGUCCUGGAUGUUACGUCCCAAGAUUCCAUCGCCGCCGCCGUGGGACUUGUCACGAAACUCACGGAUGGAAAUUUGGAUAUACUUAUCAACAACGCCGGGCUCAUGCAUAUCAUGCCGCUGUCAGAUACAUCAAUUUCCGACGCACGGAGAGUCCUAGAUGUCAACGUGCUGGGGGUCCUAGCUGUCACGCAGGGUUUCUUACCCUUGUUGAUCCCUGCUGCGGAGUCAGGGAAGUGCCACAGUGUAGUGGCCAACCUUGGAAGUGUGAAUGAGGUCUUUCGUCCACCGUUCUUCGGCAUGUAUAACGCUUCAAAAGCCGCGGUUGAUGCGCUCAGUACUACCAUGCGAAGAGAGCUCAUACCGCUGGGUAUCAAGGUGGUGCUUCUCAAGACAGGCAGCGUGAGGACGGAAUUGUUCAAAGGCGCAAUUGGAGAUACGAGGUUGCCAGAUGGAAGUCUAUACGAAUCCCUUAGGGACUGGAUACAGGGACGAAAGAUGCUGGAGUCUGGGCGUUUUGUCGAGGGCGACGAGUAUGCGCGAAGAGUGGUGGAUGAGCUACUUAAGAGCGACGUGAAAAGUGUGGUGUGGCAAGGUGGUCUAGCGACGCUGGCGUGGUUUCUGACUUGGUUCGGCUGGGAGAGCAUGAUGGACGGUGCGAUGAUAAAAGGCAACGGCUUGAAUAAAUUAAAACGAAUCUAGCAUGACUAUGCAAUCAUUUACAU